CGACGCCAGAAUUGCGAGUACUGAAUUUUGACUACCAGAAUAGAUAAAACCAUCUACACAUCCAAAUUAAUAACAGUGAAUAUCUCGCAUACACAGCGAAAUUGUUAGCACGCGCAAGUGAUCCUAAGGAUCCACGGUGGCACCGCUACACCAUCGAAUCUCUCCGAGAAAUCCUCUUGGAUGAUAUUCCCGGAGGUGAGCAUGGCCACCCCAAUGCUGUCGCUGCUCGUGCUCAGCGUAACAUCCUCCACCAUUUGCACCGGGCACGCCAACCUGAAUGAGCCCGUCAGUCCAAACAAAGACUUCAAGGCCGAACAAGCGCCGCAGGUCCCCGCGUCUUCAGCGUUGCUGAAAAGCGCCCUCGGCGCAUGGAUUCACGACGGUGACGUAAACGUCGAAGCAAACCCAUCGGCGCCAAACUUGCCGUUUCGGCAACGUCGAGUGUCAUUCCAAGUGGAAGAAAGCCAUCCCGAUGCGAGCUCAAAAAGCAACCAAACAGCUCAGGGGUCACGAGCCAAGCACCACUUCGUCAUACAGGACGCGGCAGACCUACUAGAACCGGUAGUCAAUACCAGUAAAAUCGCUCCGGAUAGCUUUCUAGACGAGGUAAUUAAGAAUGUGCCGGUGGGAAAGCCUGCUCUGACAGGUGGAGUUAGGCGAGCGGGCUCGAGGAACAACACCGGGAACGUCCACAACAUCAGCAGCUCCGAGAAGGUAAUGGGCGACGAACACCCGAUGGAGCUCGGAAAGGUGAAGAUCAGGCCGGCCCACGUGGUCCUGUCCACAAAUGACACACUGCAGCUGGAGUGCUUUGUGGGCUACAAUACGCACGCCUCGGUCUCAUGGACCCUGAACGACAGGGUACUGUUCGAAGUGGACGUGUCCAGGAUCCAGACCAUAGACUACAAGGGCGUCAAGAUCAUGGCCUCUUCCAUCCUCAUUCGCAAUGUGCUCAAGCUCCCCACCUUCAAGGAGAUAUACGUCUUCAAGUGCAUCUACCUCUUCGACGACGAGAUGCAGACGGCGCAGAGCGUCGUGCACGCCAGGGUGACGGACGACUGCCAGACGGACCACGACUGCGCGCCCCGCAACGCCAAGUGCGCCAACAGCCGUUGCGCCUGCACCAACAGCCUGUUUCCCGUCAAACUGCAGUCGGUGCACACAACGUGCCGCGCGGAGGCCUUCCUCGAGACCGAGUGCCUCUACGACGAACAGUGCGAGAACGUCGAACCCAAGAGCGAAUGUACCGUGCACCACUGGUGCGCCUGCAUCAACGGCUACGCUCGAGACGCCUGGAGCAACUGUCUUCCGAGGUCGUCGGGGCUGCGCACCCGUUGCAACUCGGACCGAGACUGCAUCGACCUGGGCGCCAGCUGCGUCCUCAGCCACUGCAGCUGCCUGGGGGAGCUCCAAGAGAAGAAUGGCCGCUGCAUUUCCAGGCAGAAGGGCUCGGGCGACUUGCUAAAGCACAGCCUGGUCGCCAGGGCGUCCCAGAGCGAGGCGUACCUGCAGCAGCCUGUGCCAGUACUCACCUUGCUGGUCACGUUGGCACCCUGUCUCUUGGCAAGGGUGCUUGUACGGAGCUAGUGUGGCUCAGACAGUUGAUAGAAUGCUCGCAGCUGCCGUGGCACAUUAAACCUUUUCCACUUUUGCUCUCGUCAAACCAGAUAUUGGUCCGAGGCAAUUCGGCUGCACGAUUCUGUUUUAGCUCGUAGCGGUCAGUCGGAGCUAUGCAAAAGAUUUAUCGCACCUUUCCCGUAACUCUUAUAAAAAAAAAAAGAAAAAAAAUCCCUCAGGCAA